UAAACGAGGGUCGCCGCCUCUACAGCCACACCCUCAUCUUAUCCAUAAAAGUCGUCAAAUAACCUGAACACAUCUUCGCAUAUCGCGACACCGUCAAACUGCAAUUCACUACCAGCAACUUUUCCUCCAUCGCCCUUAUCGCCCUUCUUGUCGCCAUGGCUUUCCAAAUGCCCUCAUUUCUAUCACGGUUCCUCCGACCCUUCGCCUCCUCAGCCUCUAUGCCCCUCCAGCCAGAUGCUCUUGCCGCUGCUCAAUUUCCCCCAACCUCCCAGAGAGCCAUCUUCGCCGGUGGUUGUUUCUGGGGUCUCGAAGAACUAUAUCGCAAAGACUGGGGUAACGGCAAGGGUCUUCUCGACUGCAGAGUAGGAUAUACUGGAGGUCACACCAAAGCGCCCAGCUAUUACGAUGUCUGCUCCGGUCGCACUGGACACGCCGAAUCCCUCUUGAUUGUCUUCGACCCUGAACGGGUCACUUACCGUCAACUCUGCGAGUACUUCUUCAAGAUGCACGAUCCUACAACCCUCAACCGCCAGGGUGCAGAUAGCGGAACACAGUACCGUUCAGCCGUCUACGCCGAGAAUGACGAGCAGAUGCAACAAGCCCAAGAGAUCAAAGAGAAAGUGGCAGAGCAGUGGUACAAGGGCAAGCCUAUCACGACCGAGAUCAAGCGAGCGACAGAGUGGUAUGACGCUGAGCCCAACCACCAGAAGUACCUCCUUGUGAACACGGGUGGCUACCAUUGCCCUGCGCAUUUUGUUCGGCGGUUGCCAGAAUUGAAGUGAAGCAGGAGAACAUUGUUUAGAAGUUGAUUGCAUUUU